GUCAAGGUCACAAACUUUUCCCACAGAUGGCGCCGACGUUUCAGUUAAUCAUUUCUAACCCGUGCCUCGAGUGCGCCACGUCCACCUGUCGCCUAUAGACAUGUUCCUCUGGAUUCUAGUUCUGGCGGUCCUGGGUCCGGUUCAGAGUGGGCCCCAGACGGGCCUCCACCCCGACAUCAGUGACCAGGAGCUGUUCUGGGGCUCAGACCAGUAUGACUUCUCGGUGGUUCUUUCUGCCGGAGGGUUGGAGUGUUUCUGGCACUUUGCUCACCACGGAGAGAAGUUCUACCUCAGCUUCAUGGUCCAAUGGGUGACAGGAGUCGGCCAUGACAGGCAUCUGUCUGUCUCUGUCAACGCUCCCAGCGGUUUGUUGUUGUCAACUGUUGAUGAUUCAAAAGGUCAAAUUAACUUCAAGGUGACAGAGACAGGUUUCUAUCAGAUGUGCUUCAGCAACUUCCACAAUCGGUUGGGCAACAUGCAGGUCUUCCUGAGCUUCGGUGUUUAUUACGACGGCUACCAGGACCCCACCCAGCAAAAAAAGGAAGACAAGAAGAAGAAAGAAGAAGCCAAGAAGAACCUGAACAACACGCUGAGCAUCAUAGAGGAGGCAACACACAGAGUCGACUACCGUGUUUUCCACAUGUUCCGGUACUACAGCGUGGGACGGAUGAGUAAGAGCGCUGACUACUACCUGCUGGUGUCCAACUCGCAGUACAUCACGUGGUGGUCGGCGGCUUUGAGCCUCCUUAUUGUCACCUCAGGCUGCCUGCAGCUGUUCUUCCUCAAAAGACUCUUCAUCACGAAGACGAGUGCAGAAAAGCUUCGCUGCUGAGACGCCAUCCGGCUCCUGGAAUCCAAUGUGAAGAAAAAAACCCACCAACGAAUCCAAUGUGA